UUUUGCGAUGAGAAUUGCAUGGUUCAAGACGAGGGGAUGAGUGAGAAGUCGUAGUUCCAGACGAUGAAUUGGUUGUGCGGGAAGUGUCUGAGCAGGAUUUCUGAAUUGUUUUCGCUUGUUGUGAUGGAAUGUUGUUCUAACGGGUUUGAUGUUAAUCUCGUUUCGGAGGUUGGACAUGAAGUAAUUGGUUUCUGAAUUCGGUUUGCAUUGGCGUCCGUGUCUGCUUCGGUGACGACAAUAUUGCCAACUCCGUGGACGAGUUGCUACCUGCCAAACCCUUUUUAGUGGUUUCGGCCCUGAAGCGUCGGUUUGUAGUGAAUACCAUGCAGCAAGUGCUUACGUUGUUAGGUGCCAACGGCGGUGGUACCACCGUAAAUUGCCGGAGGAUCUGCCUCCUUGCUCUUAUAGCCAUUCUAGUCGCAAGAGGUUCAUCUAAUUGAGAUGUGGCCUCCCAUGAUUAAAGCCGUUAUUAGAGGAAGAACGAUAUUACAUUGAAUAUGCUGACGCAAUUGGGAUAAACAAGGCUGCCAAUGUUUUGGUACAAGUCCUGAUGACGUUUCGAAGGUGAGAGAUGACAGGAUGGAUUAUCUUAGGGGCCAGUCACUUUUCUUCAGUAAGUUCUGUAAGAACCUUUUGAAGGUCUUAUAUUGGUCCAUAUGUAGUAAUAUGUAGCAGAAGUCACAGGAAGUGCAUGAAACCUGUGGCACGAAGUCAAGGUUCGAUGAACCAAGGUCAACAUCCUUAGUGGGAGAGGAGGAGGGAGAGAGAGAGAGACGCAAGGCAAAAGCCCAACACCUGUGAGAAUUUAUGCUUUAGUUGUGAAAUCGCUUUUCUGCGCCUCCGGGUACUGGCAUAAAGAGGCGCAGCUUGGUUGCCUUAGUAUUGUCUUCUUUGACAACUGAGUCCGCAAGUGUACCUCAACAAAUUUUCAUUUCCUGAAUGACUUGUCCUAUCAUCACGGGGCUUGCCUUCGAGAUCGUUGCAAUGGAUUCGUUCGUGCUCCGAUUCGAUUACUGACCUUACACUUGGUUGAGUUUCCGCAAAGGCAUGGGUACCGCUCGACGGGAUAAGAACAAGGGUCGUUCUCAAGGCCUUACUGAAGAGCAGAAACAAGAAAUUCGCGAAGCCUUUGACCUCUUUGACACAGAUGGCUCUGGGACGAUUGAUGCGAAAGAACUCAAAGUGGCCAUGAGGGCACUUGGAUUUGAACCCAAGAAAGAGGAAAUUAAGAAGAUGAUUGCCGACAUCGACAAAGAUGGAAGUGGCACCAUUGACUUUGAGGAGUUCUUACAAAUGAUGACUACAAAAAUGGGGGAGCGCGAUUCUAAGGAGGAAAUUAUGAAAGCUUUCCGUCUUUUCGAUGAUGACGAAACAGGUAAAAUAUCUUUCAAAAACCUAAAGCGUGUUGCGAAGGAGCUGGGAGAGAACAUGACUGAUGAAGAGUUGCAGGAGAUGAUUGAUGAAGCUGAUCGCGAUGGUGAUGGUGAAAUCAAUGAAGAGGAAUUUUACAGAAUCAUGAAAAAAACAAGCCUCUUUUAGUAUACAAGUUGAAUAUGAAAAGAGUUGCAUGGUUGUUCUUGCUGAACAUAGAGCAUGCAAGCAUUCAAUCACUUGUUAAGAGUCUACAAUGUAAAGUCAUUUCUUUGGAAGGAUAAUGUGGAUAGUAGUAUAUUCUCAUGGUGGGUAACAAUUUAGUAACUGUAAUAUGUUUUUAAUCUUGUAAUAUGUUUAAAAAGAUCAAAGUUUACAAAAAUACUCAAUUUAUCUUUAAAGUUAA